CCAACCCCCUUUUUUCUCUUAAGAAGACGUCUUCUUCUCUCAUGCUCUGCUGCUGAUUUCAUCCAGAGAGCGACGGGCGUCGCUGACCUGAACACCUCCCUCGAGAUCAUUGUCCGUGACUGGAGGAGGUAACAACAAUUCACCGUUGAGGAUACUCUAAAAAAACUCGGCGGCGCGAGGCCCGCAAUCAUACAGCAUGGUCCGGUUCGAGAUCUUCGAUGCUCGGGAAUUGCUGUCCUUCCCCGGCGGCGACAACAGCACAGACACCGUCUUUGGAGGCAUUCACUUCAACCUCACAACCCUUGAGCACUGGAACUACACCUACUACAGCAAUGGCACCUUGUCCAACAACUCGCGCUGUUACCUGACGUACGAGCCGUACCAGCCCAAGCUUCUCAUCAGCAAUGGAACCUUUAUCAACGCCACCAAGUGUUACAGCGCCGUGGACCCGAUUGGCGUUCGAGGCUACGUGGGAAUUGGCUUCGCGGCCGUGUACGCCAUUGGCCUCAUGCUCACACUCACUGCUCUGGCCAAGCAUGGCAGGCUAUAUCUACCCAAGGAGAAGCGCUUCUAUCCAAUUGGUCGCCGGUGGCAGUGGUAUUGGGCCUGCUUUGUCUGCGCGUGCGCCUUGAUCAGCCUCUUCACCAACAUCGAUAUUGACCGUUACCAUGUCGUGGAACUUCCCAUCAUUGUCACUUCCUUCUUCUGGUUCCUCAUCUGCCAGGGAACCAUUGCGCUAGUCUGGGAAUCAGUGAGGCACUGGGGAAGCUGGCAAGAGAGGCAAUUCAUCGACCCCAAUCCCUUCGUCUACCGUACCGAUGAUCGACGCUCCAAAGUGGAGUUUUACCUGCCUUUGUGGUUCUAUUUCUGGACCUGGAUGAACUUCUUUCUCGUUGUGCCUCGUAGCUGGUCGUUUGUGGAAAUGCAACGAUCCCCCGAGCAAACCCUGGCCAAAGCGAUUCCCACUGCUACUGGAGCGCGAUUCAAAGCUGGCGCUUUCUGUCUCGUCAUCGCCUGGUUUACAAUCGUGUUUUCGCUUCGUCACUCAAUCUAUCACUACAAGCCGCGUAACCGUGGAGUGUUCAACCGUACAUUGGGCCUUGUUCGGGCGAUUCCGCUGCGCUUCGUCUUGACUAUUCCUCUUGCUGGCGCUCUUGUUGCUUACCAGACGCUCAUUUCCUUUAACUGGACCUUUUCCGUCAUGCGCUACGGCGGAGUUGUGCCAGUCAUAUUUGCCUGGGGCUACGGCCCGUCUUUGUUGAUCAUCUUUGUGCAAGUCGCAUAUGGAUUCGCCAGCCCCAACGAAGAUAAGGCCCUACUCGCACAGCGGCGACAGCGAGGUGACCUUAUUGACCGGGAGCUGGGCAUCGUCAAGAAGCCGGCAUGGUGGAAGCGCGUUAGAGGUGAUCACCUUUUAAGCAUGCGAGACAAGAUCUCGAAGAAUGUCAACGAGGUCGGAGGUAAGCGCGGACUCAGAGCCAGAUUCGAAGAUGAGGCAGAAAGAGAGCAGGGCGACCCUACAACCACCAGAAACGAUGGCAUUGAGAUGAACAACAUGUCUCAAAAGAACAAUCCUCGGGUCGACAGGGCUGGCGUUGCAAACUUGAAUUCUACAGAGCCUCGUCGCUACGACGGAAAGUCUGAGCGCCGGCACAAUGAGCGAAUCGUUGAGUCGUUUGCAGGUGUCCUCUUCCCCAACAACCCGAGCCACGCGGAUGCCGAGAGAGCUCGGCGGAUUGCCGAAAUCUCGCAGGACGGGCCUCCACCCUAUCGGGACGAAGAACGGGGUCGCUCGUCCCGGCAAGAUGGGGCAAACAACGGGCAGAGAAACGGCAGCGCGGAUACCACAAACUCGAUUGCAGCCCCGCCACAGCAAGUCAGAAGCAUGCUGGACGUUUAGUACCUUGGCGACGUGUUGACGGUCGACCAAAUUGCAUAAUUAUUAAUGAGUAAGUGAAAGAUGACUAGAGUAAUGACCAACUUGAUGUGGAAAUGGAAGACUCCAAAACAGACCUGGUGACAACUACACGUUGCUCGCUUCGGGUUGGGGUGGUGUUUUAAUGAUUAUAUACAUGUACGACGCCGUAAAUUUUAGAUUUUGAAUGAAGCCUGGAAAUAUGACAAGGCCAAUCUUGC